AUGCGCACCAAUUAUAGGAGAGCAACGACGCCGAGGAAACGCCUAAUAGUACUUCGUGGACCGCUACCUCUACCCUCGCGAUGGCUUUUCUCGACCCUAAUGGCAGCGUUGAAUGAUGAUACUUCGAGAUGGAUUGAGGCUGAAUCCUCUGAGGAGACUGCAUUUGCCGAACUGGCAUGCAGAGAAUGCAGGAGGCGGAAGUCAAAGUGCAAUCGCGCCAUUCCCCUAUGCUCCCUUUGCAUAAAUUUUCGUCGUCGAUGCAUAUACGAGAAGCAGACCAAGACCCCUCUUACGCGGCGACACCUGACUGAGGUGGAGGGAGAACUGGCGAGGACGAAGGCAUUAUUGGAGAGCCUUUCAAGAGGUUCUUCUAACAAUUCUUUCCAUGUUGGAAGCUACCAGAGCACUCGUAGUGCUAUUGCACGACACCGACCAUCUUCCUCAAGGCAGACGCCGUCUUCAGAGUCGACCAAAGCUCAGGCUCUAAUUCUAGAGACAACGCCAGCGUCGGGCGAUUUUGACUGGGAUGAACGCACUGGAAGGCAAAAUGGAGAUCGAUCCUCGCUAUCCCAGCUUGAGCCAUUUAUCGACGCUUAUUUCCGCCUUUAUCAUUUAUCUUAUCCAACUAUUCAUGAAGCGACGCUUCGUGCCCAAUUCAUGGAAGUAAUCCUGAGACCGACCACUAAUGCAUGGCAAGUUCUUCUGUAUGUUGUAGCUGCAAUUGGCGCGUACUGUGCCUCGACGCAACCGACCGACAUUGAUCUUGGACUCUUCGAGGCUGCCAAAGCUCGUUUGUCUAUCGACAUGUUGGAAACUAGUAAUCUUACUAUAGUCCAAGGAUUGACCCUCAUUUCAAACUACCUGCAAAAGAGAAACAAGCCUAACUCUGGCUACAAUUACACAGGCCUUGUGCGUCGUAUCGCUAUGGGUAUUGGCCUUCACAAGGAGUUCCCGAAUUGGGACGCAAUGCCGCUUAUGCUGGAAAUGAGGCGACGUGUGUGGUGGGGCCUGUACAUUUUCGAUGUUGGCGCCAUAAUCACAUUCUCACGGCCGCUGGACUUUCCGGAAGGCGGGAUUGAGACCGAGAUACCUCUUAAUGUGCAUGAUAGCGACAUUACUGCAGGCACCAGAAACAUGCCGCCACCGGCUCAGGAAACGAUGGUGUAUUCGCACCUUCGAGCACAAUCCACGUUUCAUCUCGCUACUUGCCAAAUAUAUGCUAGAAUCAUUUCAACUCCACAUCCUUCGGCUACUGAGAUGUUAGAGUUGGAUGAUACGCUCAUCCAGCAAUGGCUUCUGUCUCUACCGCAAUAUUAUCAAGAGCAUGUCAUUCAGACUCCACGCAAUGUUCUGGUCCAUACAAUACUUCGCUGCCGAUACCGGAAUUUCCGCAUCCCGAUGUAUCGGCCGUUCUUAGUGCGACGUACGAUCACCCGAGAUAUUGACCGAUGCCUCGACAACGCUCAAGAAUCAAUCGACCUCAACGCAAACAUGUGGUUCGAAGGACAAAAGCCUAUGAUGGCUUGCUGGUAUGGUCUGUAUUUCUUAUUCCAGGCGGUCCUCACCCCUGUCAUUUGUCUUCGGAAUCAACCUCAAUCACCAGCCGCCAGCAGCUGGCUUGCCCAAGUCACGACGGCCAUUCACGUGAUCGAGUCUAUGGCGCACCUCAAUCCAAGCGCUCAACGCUGCUUGGGCGUUAUUUGA